UGAAGCCGCUAAACAAUUCUGUAAACCGGCUAAAUUUCCUUCGAAGGAACUUCGAAGAUUUUUCACAAUUCGUAAUUGAUAUCAUAGCUAUUAGAUAUAUUUAAAUUAUAUAUUUAAUAUUAUAUUAUAAAAUCAUAACAAUGCCUGACAAAAAGACUGAUAAAAAGAAAGAAAACUUUUAUGCUACAGUUUUCUUAAGUAGCAUAGCAGGAGUUUCUGCUCUCAUUGGCUUCUCUAGCGCACUGGCAUCAGCCAAAAAACAGGACACAAAGGCCUUCGAUAUGGGUGUUAUGGGAGGAAAAGGAUUACCAGAGUCAGGAACAUCUCUUGCUAUGAGAGCACUUUUUUGGGGCUCCGUAUGGGCAAUUGGGGGCUGUGGACUGCUUUUCUAUAGUAUCUGGAAAAUAACUGGUGCAACCAAUGCAGAAGAAUUUCGAAUGAAAGUUGGAUCCAUUUUACCUCGAAUACCAAAGAAUGAUCCUCCACAAAGUAGAACAGAAUUUGAAAAUCUUACAGAUCUACUUAGAUAUGUUUCUGAAGAUUGGGGUAAAGAAAAUGAUCUUGUACAUAAAACAGAACGAAAAGAGAAAAAAUAGUCACAGCAACAAGUUCUCUUUUAUUUACAAAACUGUUAAAGAAAGGAACGGUAGGAAGUGUAGACACGUUUUGUAAUUAAAAACGAUGUUCAAUAGCUCAAUCAUCAAUACAUCAAAACACCAUGGUCAUUUACAGUAAUUUUUAGAUUACUAAUACUAAAAAAUACUGCCAGGUACAAAAUCUGUAUAUGUAUAUUAACUAUAUUUUUAUUUUUAAUUGCACUUCUUAUGUUCUUAACUGUAACCAACUAUAAAAGCGUUCAUUACGUUGCAUUACAUUCAGAAUUUAUAAUGUGAUGCUUUUUUCUAUAUUUUUGUACAUAGGAUGCUCAAAAAUAUAAACAAAUAUUUCACCAUUCUAAUCAUAGUAAUGAUCUUUUCUUAUCUGACAAUAUAGUUUUGUAUCAUGUAAAUAAAGUCAUAUAAAAAGGGAGAA